CCAUUAAAGAAUAAAUCAGUGCGGACCUAAUAUCUUCAAUUCAAUGUGUUUAGACUAGGACUUUCAACAAUUGUCCAAGCAAACAAGCUUUUCCUAUAUAUGUUAAAACCCCUCUCUAAUUUUGUGUGAGGCUCCUCCUGAAUCUCUGAUAAUCUCUGACUCUGUAAAGCAAACAUCAAUGGCUGGAGUUGUUGUGCCUGCAGAGGGUGUACCACUGCCCAAAACUGUGCAAGAAAUGUCAAUCAAUGGGGAGGAACCACCUCCACAGUUUCUUGCCAAAGAGAAUCCUUUUGGGGCCUUAGAUUCUUCUCCAACGUCUGAUUCAGUCCCUCUCAUUGAUAUCAGCAUCCUUUCUUCAUCAGAUGAUGAACUUGAGAAACUGAGAUUAGCUCUCAGCUCAUCUGGGUGCUUCCAGGCUGUAGGGCAUGGGAUUUCAAGUGAGUUUCUUGACAAAGUGCGCAAAGUUGGAACAGAUUUCUUUCAACUUCCACAGGAAGAAAAGCAGAAGUGUUCUCGUGCAGCUCAUGAUGUGCAAGGAUACGGACAUGACUUGAUUGUUUCAGACAAACAAGUUCUUGACUGGUGCAGCCGCCUUUUCCUUCGCGUUUUUCCUGAAAAUCAAAGAAGGGACAACCUUUGGCCCCAAAUUCCACAUGAUUUCAGAGACAUUUUACAUGAAUACUCAAUGAAGAUAAAGCAUUUGAUGAAUGUUCUAUUCGAGGCGAUGGCGAGGUCAUUGAAUCUGGAAGAAAAAAGUUUUUCAGACCAGUUUGGAGAGCAACCAGUGAUGCAAGUUAGAUUCAACUUCUAUCCACCUUGUUCGAGGCCGGACAUGGUUCUCGGAGUCAAACCUCAUACGGAUAGAUCAGGAAUUACAGUUCUGUUGCAAGACAAAGAAGUUGAAGGUCUUCAAAUCAUCAAAGAUGGAAAAUGGAUCACAGUUCCAGUUCUUCCUGAUGCUCUUGUUGUCAAUCUUGGCGACCAAAUGCAGAUAAUGAGUAAUGGAGUACUCAAGAGUCCAGUUCAUAGGGUUGUGACCAACACAGAAAAACUGAGAAUGUCCGUGGCGAUGUUCAACGAGCCAGAUCCGGAGAAAGAGAUUGGACCUGUGGAACAACUGAUGGAUGAUAACAAGCCAAGAUUAUACAGAAAUGUGAAAAAUUAUGCAGUCAUCAACUAUGAGUGCUUUCAGAAAGGCAUCGUAGCACUUGAGACUAUAAAGAUUGGUUGAUGUUCAAAGAAUUGUGACUAGAAUAAGAACUGAUACCGUUCUUUAGAAUUACCGAUCAUCUGUGUGGUACUAUUAACAUCUGGGUUUGUAUCAGUUCUCUGAUGAACGUCAACAAAAAAAAAAAUUAUGUUUUCUUUC